AUGGAUUUCCAGAUGGGUGAUACUGAAUUUCAGCCCGUGGCCUUGGACGAGAUCAUAAGUAAUAUGUCAGAAACAGAUAAUUGCACAAUUGACGAUCAACCAACAAAACUGUCUACUAUAGCCGAGGUGUCCUCAGAGCAGAUUAUGGCCGAGGAAAGCUUGAGCGACCGGAAGCUAGAGGUACCGUCCGCCUCGUCGAGUAAGUCCAAACACAUGACUGUCAACAGCGAGACGAAGUCAAACAAAGGCAUUCAGGAGUUCGUGAAGAUCCUGCGACCACACCUGCCGAGGAAGUCGAAGAGUAGGGCCUACAAACUGUUGCAGAGCAUCGCUAAGGGGAUGGUGGUGGAGAGCUCAUUCCAGCGGCGGAUUAAGAAGAAGAGGACACGGAAGCUGACGUACCGCAAGCAGACUCGCAACACGAAGACAAAGUCGCAGAGCGGCAAGCGGCGCUCGCUGCGCAGCCUGUACGGCUCGUCGGAGUCGUGCCGCUCCAGCGCGUCCCGUCCGCACUGCUACUCCUGCUGCAGGAUCACGAGGUACUGA